AUGGUCGAGAACGGUGGUUCCAGCGGUGGAAGUGAGAGUCCAAAUGCGACUUGUGCUCGUUCAGGAUUGUUAGAGACGUUAGUACGAGGUGUAUGGUACCGUGUACAUUGUUCCUUGGAAGAUGAUUAUUUAAGCGUAUCUUUGGAUGACGGCUACGACGCAACGACCACUCUUAAUGGCACAUUGAAUAACAAUAAUGUUGAAACACCAAACAGUGACUUCACAGAAGUGCCUGAAGCUAUUGCCAAUCAGAAACGCCUAGUGCAAGUCGUAAAAUCAGACAAUAAUGGUUUAGGUAUAUCUAUAAAAGGAGGAAUAGAAAACAAUAUGCCCAUAUUGAUAUCGAAAAUAUUUAAAGGCAUGGCUGCUGAUCUUACAGAGCAAUUGUACGUUGGUGAUGCAAUUCUUUCUGUCAAUGGUGAGGAUUUAAAAGAUGCAACACACGAGGAAGCAGUAAAGGCAUUAAAAAGGGCAGGGAAAAUGGUUCAGUUAGAAGUGAAAUAUUUGCGCGAAGUUACCCCAUACUUCCGUAAGGCCUCAAUCAUCAGCGAAGUUGGGUGGGAGUUGCAGCGUGGCUAUAUGGCAGAUGCGCCGCCCUCGCCGCCGUCACCUAGACGACGACGAGCGGACACUCGCUACGUACCCCUACUUAUGGCAUGCGUCGCCAAGAACCUUCGUCAUCAUGAUCCAGAGGAGCGCAUAAUCGAAAUAUACUCGCCGGACGGCGUGCAUGCGUUGGCUUUGCGCGCUGGCACGGCUGGUUCAGCGGCGGGCUGGCAUCGCGCCCUGCACGCGGCCGUGCGCCGAGCCGCCAGGGCCGCGAUGGCUCGUGCGCGGCCCCGCCUGCGGGCCUUGGUGGGCGAAGUGCGGUACGCCGGCUGGCUGGCUCGGCGCCCGCCUCAGGAUCUUAUGGGAGCUUCUGGCGGUUCAGACAGUUCCGAUGAUAUGGAAGGCUGGGUGCCAACCUUCGUUGCCAUCACUGAUCGUGAGUUAAGACUGUACGAGGCGGCGCCGUGGUCGGCGGAGGCGUGGUGCGCCCCCACGGAGAACUUCAACCUGGCGGCGACGCGGCUCGCGUGGUGGCGGCGCGGCAGCUCGGGGCCGGGCUCGGGCUCGGAGGCGGAGGGCGGCGGGGCGGGCGGGGCGGGCGGCGCGGCGGCGCUGGGCGUGCGCGCCGGCACGGCGGGCGGGCUGUGCGUGCGCGCGCUGCGGGCCGACACGCCGCACGACCUGGCCGCGGUGGCCGGCGCGCUCGUCGACGGCGCGCAUCACGCGGUGCGCGCGCAACCAGAGUUCACUUUCCGGUGCCGGUUCCGCGGGGUGUGCGCGCGGCUGGCGCUGGGCGCGGGCGGCGUGUGCGUGUGGGAGGCGGCCGGCUCGCUGGGCCGCGGCGGCGCGCGCGCGCUCUACCGCCGCCCGCUGCACGCGCUGCGCGCCUCCGCCGACGACGACCGCGCCGCGCUCUGGCUGCACUUCGCCGACGACGACACGCUCGAAUUGGACAUGGAGGGCAGUCCAAAGCCAGCCGUUUUCAUCCUACACAACCUCCUUUCAGCGCGUGUUCACUCGUUGCCCGGCGAAGAGGUCGCCAAUCCGCUAUAA